AUGGCAUAUACGACAUCAUAUGACGGGACAAACUCUGGGCUCCAAGUUGGGCAGAACCCUGGUCAUAUUACUACUCAAUUCCUACAAUCGGAAGCUUCAUUGAAUCAAGCGUGCCUACGGGAUCUGCGAACGACCAAUCCUCACCAUGACAAAGAUCGUAUCCAAAACACCAACGGAGGGCUGCUCAAAGACUCAUACUGCUGGAUUUUCGACAGCGAGGAGUUUCAACAAUGGCAAGAAAACCAGAGCAACUGUCUCCUCUGGAUCAGAGGCGAUCCGGGCAAAGGCAAGACAAUGCUCCUCUGCGGUGUUAUCGAGGAGCUAACACAGUCCUUUGGGGGCACUGCGAAUGUUUCGUUCUUCUUUUGCCAAGCAACCGACGUGCGAAUCAAUAAUGCUACAGCUGUUCUCCGUGGCUUAAUAUAUUCGCUUGUCAAAAUGCAGCCAUCCCUUCUCUCUCAUGUAAAGAGUCAAUAUGACCACGCAGGAAAAGCAUUGUUCGAGGAUAUAAACGCAUGGAAUGCCCUCUCGAGGAUCUUCACGGAUAUCCUGAAAGACCCGAUCUUACAGAGCACCUAUUUGAUUAUCGACGCGCUGGACGAAUGCACAACAGGCCUACCUUCCCUUCUCGACUUGAUAACUCAGGUAUCGUCUGAUUACCCACAGAUCAAGUGGAUUGUCUCGAGCCGCAACUGGCCCAAUAUCGAAGAGCGUCUUGACACUACCCACACUGCUCCGAUCUCAUUAGAGCUAAAUGAAGUCUCUGUAUCCGAAGCAGUGAGCAGAUUCAUUCGAUAUAGGGUUCACCAUUUGGCGAAAGUUAAAAAAUAUAGCGAUGAUACUCGCCAUACGAUCUGCCGUCACUUGUCAUCAAAAUCGCAAGGCACUUUCCUUUGGGUCGCUCUAGUCUGUCAAGAACUUGAUAGAACACCGCGGAGGCACGCCCUUAAAAAGCUGGAGGCAUUCCCUCCUGGACUGGAUGCCUUGUACGACCGGAUGAUAGAUCAGGUUCGCAGCUCGGAAGAUGCCGAGCCCUGCAAGCGAAUACUGGCUGUCAUGUCCAUAGUAUAUCGGCCUGUCGCAUUCGACGAACUGGCCUCUCUUGUUGAACUACCUGACGAUCUCUCUUAUGACUCUGAGACCCUAUCAGAGGUUAUCGCGACUUGUGGCUCGUUUCUGACUGUGAGCGAAAAAACUAUCAAUUUCGUUCAUCAGAUAUGGGAUCCAACUACCGGUCAGAGCGUGUUAACCCUCGAAGGGCAUAGUGGUCCGGUAUUCUCGAUUGCCUGGUCGCACGAUAGAAGCCGAAUAGCGUCAGCGUCUUUCGAUAAGACAGUCAGAAUCUGGCAUCUGGCCACCGGCAAGCGUGUGUCAACCUUCAAAAGGUACUGGGAUUGGGUCACCUUAAUUGCCUGGUUGCAAGAUGGGAAGCGACUCGCAUUAGCAUCCGGUGGUAAAACAAUUACGAUCUGGGAUUCAACCACCGGCCGGAGCGUGUCCACUCUCGAGGGACAUAGUGGUCCGGUCUGCUCAACUGCCUGGUCGCCAGAUGGAAGUAGAGUCGCAUCAGCGUCUGAUGAUAAGACAAUCAGGAUUUGGGAUCCGACUACCGGUCAGAGAUUGUCGACUCUUGAGGGUCACAGUGGUUCGGUCAUUUUGAUUGUCUGGUCGCCAGAUGGCAGCCGACUCGCAUCAGCGUCCGAUGAUAAGACAGUCAAAAUCUGGGAUCCGACCGCCUGUCAGAGCUUGUCAACUAUUCUGACUAGUUCCACUGGCUUCCUUCAAUUUGAUGAACUUAAUUCGAACCGUCUGCACACGAGUAUUGGUACAUUUGAUAUAUCUUUAAUUGCUACUGCCAUGCCUAAAUCCCAUACCCGGAUCUCAUUGCCUGAGCGAUAUCGAUAUGGCUUAAGCGAUGACUCUUGCUGGAUUACUUUCAAUGGAGUCAACCUCCUGUGGUUGCCUACCGAGUAUCGACCGGUCAGUUCCUGUCUUUUUGCUAUAUUCGCAACCAAGUUGGCCAUCGGAUGUUCAUCAGGUCGCGUCACUUUUCUCGUGCUCACAGAGCACAACCCUCUCACUGGACUUUAG